AUGAAGAAAACAAUACUAAAUACGGUGAAAUGUUAUUCUACAGCAGCCUCAUCUACAUCCACAACACCAAUUUCAUCCACUCUAAUACUAUCUCGUUUACCAAUAAUCACACAAGAUUUAACACCAUUUGAAUCACAAUUUUAUAAAUAUCAAUCAGAAUUAUGGAGAAGACUAAUGUGGACUUUCCCAAAAUGGUUUUAUUUUAAAACUGGAACAUUAGCAGAAUUAAGAUAUAGACAAUUAAAUAAAAAUCCAAUAAGUUAUAAUCCAAAAAUUAUAUAUCCACAAGGUAAACCAGAUUUAAAACAUUUAAGAGAUAGAAGAUUUAGACAAUAUAUAAAAGUUCCUAAAACUUAUAAAGAAGAAGAUGAAAUGAUUGGACAAGAUCAAUCAAAUAUAAAAGAAAAUGAAAUAAGUAGAAAAAUUAUACCAAAUUCAAGAAUAACUGAAGCUGAUAAAAUUGGAGAUUCAAAAUCAUUAGAAAGAAAAUUAAAUAGAACAUUAUAUUUAAUUAUAAAAGAGAAUACCAAAGAUAAAAAUCAAUGGAAAUUACCAAAUUUCAAUCAAGAAGAAUCAUCAACAAAUUUACUACCUUUACAUGAAUUAGCAGAACAAGGAUUAUAUAAAUUAGGUGGUAAAAAAAUUAAUUAUUUUAAUAUUUCAAAAGUUCCAUGUCAUCAUAACUCGGCAAAGGAAUAUUUUAUAAAAUCUCAUAUUUUAUCAGGUAUAUUUGAACCUCAAUCCUCAAACAUAGAAUUUCAAUGGAUUACAAAAGAUGAAUUAAAAGAUAUUUUACCAAAAGAUUAUUAUAAUAAUAUACUGCAUUUAUUAAGUGAUGUAUAA